GGGGAAUUGGCAAUGAAUUUGGAAGUUAUAUGCUCUUCCAAAAAUUCAGAACUUCAUUUGGCUUCUUUGUCACCAACACUUGAAGACUUUUGAAUAUUUACAUUGUAUUAGCAUCCUUGAUAACUCAUUAUGUCCAUUAUGCUCUAAUACAUAUGAGUCUUGUUCUCACCUCAUGAGUUCUUGUCCGCAAGUCCUCCCGAUUUGGAAUUAUUUCUUCAGAGAUGAUUUUCAACUUCCCCAGAAUGAUACUUCUUUCUUUGAAUGGAUUCAGAGGAACUAUACAAAAAAGAGCUACUCCCUUACUAUUCCUGCUCCGUGGGGUUCUCUUUUUUGCUUUGUUCUCUGGACAAUCUGGAUUCAUAGGAACAAAAAAGUUUAUUGUGAUCAAGAUUUUGACCCCAAUGUUAUCUGUCGGUUUAUUAGAGAAAGGAUCUUUGAAUUGCUAUCUGUUCUCCCUAGUCCCAAAUUUGGCAGUCAUUCUUCAACACAAAAACUUGUUAAAUGGGACAACCCGUCGGCAAGCUCCUUUAAACUUAACACUGAUGGCUCAGUCAUCAAUAAUCCAAGUUUAGCCACCUCUGGAGGCCUUAUUCGUGACCAUAGAGGACAUUGGAUUAGAGGCUUCUCUAGGAAGAUUGGUAUUGCUUCAAGCCUUGUUGCUAAAAUCUGGGGAAUUCGGGAUGGUCUUCUUUUGGCUAAACAACUUGAUAUUCAAUCCUUAGUUGUUGAAGUGGAUUCCUUUAUUGCCUUUCAGUUACUCUCCACUGGGACUGAUCAUCACCCUCUAUGUUCUUUCAUUUCUGAUUGUAGGGCCCUUGUGGUGGAUUGCAACAUGUUUACAGAGAGGGCAAUAUGUGUGCUGAUCAUCUUGCUGCUAUGGCUCAUUCCCAGCAAGAAGAUUUUGUUAUUUUAGAGGGUUGCCCCUCAACCCUUUUUAUGUAUCUCUAUGCUGAUAUGUUAGGAACUGUGUAUCCCAGAGACUAGUUUAUUUUGUAUCUUUGUCUUCUAGUUUAAUAUUACUCUUCAUUCCACCAAAAAAUAAUUACCACGGACUUAUAAUUUUUAUUAAUUAAAUCUGUGAAAUUCCU